GCUCCGAGCCAAUUCGCUCCGCGGGAGCCUGCUUGGCGGGAACUUGGCAGAGCGCAGCUCCCCGAGGCCCGGCGGCCGCCCGGGUGCCCGAGCCUCGUCCUCCGGCCACACGCUGCCCAACCCUCGCCCCGCCGCGAUGGCUCCCCGGAAACGCCCCGAAAAGCAGAAGACCCUCGAGGUGGCCGUGCGCCCCGCGAGCAAGAGGAGCCGGAGCCCCCGGGAGCCGGAGCCCGAGGCCAAACAGCGGCGGCUGAAGAGCCCCGGUUCCAGCGGGAAGUUUGACUCAGGCUGCCUUUGGGCGGGCUUGGCGAGCCUGCAGGUCCCCCCACUGCCAAGCAACAGCAUCAUCAAGGCCCUUCAGCACCGGAAACUGGGCCAGGCUGUGCAGCAGGCUCUCCAACAGUCCUUUUUGCACUCUCUGGCUUCUUACGAGAUAUUUCAAAGGGCUGCACCCUUUGACCGGAGGGCCACAGCCUUGGCAUGGCACCCAGCUCACCCCAACAUCCUGGCUGUGGGGUCCAAAGGAGGAGAUAUCUUUCUCUGGAAUGUCCGACUGAAGAACAAACCCACCUUCCUUAAAGGGAUUGGCGCUGGAGGGAGUAUCACUGGGAUGAAGUUUAACCCUCUCAACCACAACCAGCUGUUCACCUCCUCCAUGGAGGGAACAACCAGGCUGCAAGACUUUAAAGGCAACACGAUCCGCGUUUUUACCAGCUCCAGCUCCUGCAACGUCUGGUUUUGCAGCCUGGACGUAUCCGCCCGAAGCCACGUGGUGGUCACAGGGGACAACAUGGGGAACGUGAGCCUGCUGACUACGGAUGGCAAGGAGCUCUGGAAUCUGAAAAUGCAUAAAAAGAAAGUGUCCCACGUGGCCCUGAACCCCUGCUGUGACUGGGUCCUGGCCACGGCCUCCGUCGACCAGACUGUGAAAAUCUGGGACCUGCGCCAGGUGAAAGGGAAGUCCAGCUUCCUCUGCUCCCUGCCCCAUUGCCAGGGUGUCAACUCAGCUGCUUUCAGCCCCGAUGGCGCCCGGCUCCUGACCACGGAUCAGAAGAGUGAGCUCCGGGUCUACUCAGCCUCCCGGUGGGACUGCCCCCCUAACCUGAUCCCACACCCUCACCGCCGGUUCCAGCACCUCACGCCCAUCAAGGCCACUUGGCAUCCCCGGCACGACCUCAUCAUCGUGGGCCGAUACCCCGACCCUCAUUUCACAAGCUGUGCCCCCUCCGAAUUACGGACCAUCGACGUGUUUGAUGGAAGCUCAGGGAAGAUGCUGUAUCAGUUCAGUGACCCAGGAUCUUUGGGUAUCAUCUCGCUCAAUGAAUUCAAUCCCAUGGGGGACACACUGGCCUCUCUGAUGGGUUAUAACAUUCUCGUCUGGAGCCAGAAGGAAGUUGGGACACAGGAAUGAGAGACAUUGAUGGAGUGGGCCAGAAACGGGCUUGGCACCCCGCAAGAACCAGUCCUGCCUGAAGAACACAACUGUUUGUGGGUGCUGGGAUGCAUUUUGAGGGGGUGUGUCUCCCGGGCAGUGCUCAGGCGGC